AUGUACUCUUAUACUAGACUUAUAUUCCAGGUAUCUCCUGUCAUCAUAAGCAGAUCUCAAUAUGGUAAGCUACCAUUUGUGGAACUGAAUGGUGAGCACAUUGCUGAUUCACAAGUCAUCAUCAAUCGGAUAACCAAGCAUUUCAACAUCAAGGAACUGACUGAUCCGAAAAACCGUGCCAUAGCCAGAGCUGUUGAACGAAUGACAGAAAUUCAUACUUUCAUGGUUCAGUACUACUUCAAAAUAGUCGAUGACGCCAACACUCUCGCUGAGAUCGGAUGUCGCGAUGCACAUUUUCCGGAAUGGUUGAUACCGAUAAUUGCACCCAUAAUGGGAUUUUUCAUUAAGCAAAAAACUAUGCCAAAAAUUGUCAGCGGCGUUGGAGGAAUGUCUACUGAAAAUUACAAGGAAGUACUCAGAAAAGACUAUGAUGUUUACCAAGCCUUACUAGAUAAACAGAAGUUUCUAUUUGGAGACGAGAUCGCUGCGGUUGACUGCUCAGUUUUUGGACAACUGGCUACAGUGCUUUAUCUUCCAUAUUCUACCUAUGCCAAAAAUUUGCUGAAAGAAGAAUAUCCAGUUUUGGUGGACUAUUGUGACCGAAUUAAGGAGACUGUAUUUGGAGAUUACAAGCCUGAGUAA